AUGGAUUGCAUAGCAUUUUUCCCUAAGAUUUUAUUCAAUUCAAGAGUCUUAAUCUAUACUGGUUCUAAUUUUGCUGGAAUAUGUAGAAAUAAACCAUGGAUUUCCGCUUGCUGGGCUCUGGGAUUAUCAGGAGAGUUUUCUGACGAGGGCUCUUUCAAGAUUGAAGAAACUUUGAAUGGAUCAUUAUUUGAUGCGUUUAAUGAUUCUUCCUCCGCAAAGAGUGAUCCUGACCGUCCAUCUGAUGGUUACUAUUCGAUUGAACAAGCUCUUGUUGCAUUGCGCCAAGGCAAGUGUGUGAUUGUUGUAGAUGAUGAAAAUGAAGAGGUUGAAGGAAAUCUUGUAAUUGCAGCAUCUUAUGUGGCUGUUGCAUUUAUGAUUAAGUAUGGUUCAGGGAUAGUUUCUGUAGGCAUAAAGGAAGAAGAUCUUGAGAGAUUAAAGCUCCCUUUGAUGUCUCCUGAAAAGGAAGACGAUUCUUCGGCUCCCUCAUUUACCAUCACAGUGGAUGCUAAAGUGGGAACAUCUACUGGUGUAUCGGGUUCAUAUAGGCCAAAAACAGCCCUUGCUCUUUCAUCUCCGAACUCCAGACCUGAAGAUUUCAAUGAGCCAGGACAUGUUUGUCCCCUUAACUAUAGAAAUGGAGGUGUUCUACCAAGAUCAGGUCAUACGGAGGCUUCUGUGAAUCUGCUUAUGCUGGCUGGUCUGCAACCAGUCUCCACUCUCUCGGCUAUAGUGGAUAGAGGUGAUGGUUCCCUGGCUCGCAUGCCUAAUCAGGUGAAAUGUUCCUUUAUAUCCUUGGUGCUGUACAGUAAUGGAGCAGCUGAUGCUCAUGACUAUGGAAAUGGUGCCCAGAUAUUAAGGGACAUAGGAAUUCACACUAUGCACCUGAUGACUAACAACCCCGGCCAAGUUCACUGGUCUAAAGGGCUAUGGUCUGGUAGUUGUUGGACGGGUUCCAGUGCUGAGCCCCAUCACAGAGAAAAACAAGAGGUAUCUUGA